UCAUUCAAAUCGCGCCAAAUUUUAGUUGAAGUUGUGAAAACAAUGGCGACUGUUGCUAACCUUAUUGAUUUGUUAAGUUUUGAUGAGCCUCAGCAAAAUGAAGCACGUUUUGAACAGCCAUCGCCAGUUGAUUUAUUUGGAGUAUCAGACGGUAACGGCAACAUUUUUGUGCGUCCAUAUGAUCCUUUUGACUCUGUCGAAAAGGAAGUUUGUUUAAAGGGAUUGAAUGUAAAGGCUGAAUUAAAGAACACUCUCCCAGUUGAAUCAACAGACAAUGCCGCCUGCGAAAAUGUGUCCUCGGACUAUCCAGACCUCAGUAGCGAAAGUCCUCCUGUUGGCAUGGGCGAUAGCAACAAGGCACAGCCAUGCAAAAGCAACACAUUCCACAAACAACUGCUUAAGCUCAGCGUUCCCGAAGCAGCCUUAAACACUCCAACUCAGAGCCAUUGUAGAUCGACAAGAAAUGUGGGUUUGCACAUUGAAAAACAUUAUUUUGGCGAUAAUAUGGAAAUGCUGGCCGAGGAGUCCCCACUUAAGCUGAUAAGAGAUGAUAUUCCGUCCAUAAAAUUACCGCCAAAAGAGUCUAAGAGCAAUUCCGAAUCAAAUUUCGAGGCUGAUCUAAAGAUGAUGCGAAUUAACAUGGUGGAUUCUCCGCCGAAAACCUCAUCGCAUAUGGUCAAUGGGAGGAAGGCAGACGAUAUUUCUAAAUUAAAAAUUAAGCUGACAAAUGCAGCUGGUCCUUCCAAAACUAAGUCGGAUGAUGUUAAAGAUGUGGCCAGGCUCCUGCAAGACCUCAAAGUUCUGGUGCAGAAACAUGUGAACGAAGAUUUCCAGGAGCAGUUCAAUGCCAUUAUUGAGUCCUUACGUACUACCAUUGAGUGUCAGAGCUCGGCAGCAACUGAGGAGAGUGCCGAACAAAAACUAGCAUCUAUUUCACAUAUUUACAAACGACAAGGAACUUUCGAUAUUGAGCUUCAGGAAAAGAAUGCAGAAACUGUAGACAUGAAUGAACACUUCAAGGUUCCCGAUCAACAAAUGCAGGAUCCGUUCCCCGAUGCCAUGAUUGCAUCGUCAGCCACCUAUGACGGUGAGUCCCACACCGAUGAAAAGGAAACAAGUCCACCAGUGCUACAGAUAUCUGGAGAAGCACAACCGAAUAAGGAAACAUUUAUGACGCAAGUCCUUGACCAUAAUUUUGUUGAGCAAAUAAAUAAGCUCUUGGAACGGCAGAACAUUACAAACAAUAAUGAGCAAUGUAUCAGCACUGUAGAACAAAAACAGACGGUUAUAUUGGUUGUUAAUUCUGCAGGACCUUCUCAGUUGACUCCACAGUGUGUGCCCCAAUUUUCGCCAAUGAAAUCAAACAAACAAGUCGAUGCCACAAAGCAUCAAAUUAGCGCAACUCGACGACGCUCAUCAUCUUUGUCCAUACAUGAUAAGUCUCAACUCUCCCAUAUACAAGCAAAAAAUGGAUUGAAACGCACCGACGGGAACAAUCGCAGCAAUGCGACAAAGGAUUGCAAUUUGAUGAUCAAUACAGCAGGCAGCGAUAAGACUGCGAUGUUCAGACAACGCCGAAACUCAUUCUCAGUUGGAUUGACCACAAAUAAAGGAUCCGCAUCUGGCCUAAUGCAGAUAAAUAACCAGCAACAAAAACAUUAUGAACAGGGCAAGGUGAUCUUGGGAGCCCGUUCGAAAAACUCAGAAUCUAUUAUAAAAAGUACCGGACCGAUGAAGCCGACUAUUCCAAUAAAACGCGUCAUUCCCAUGAUGAAGCCCUCUAGUGCCCCCACCUUGUCAACACACACCAUUACAACCUCUAGAGCUGGCGGCAGUCAUGAUCUAACACUGCAGGACCCCACACAGACCAGCAGGAAGUUCCACACAAGCACACCAAUGUCCCAAAUGCGCUGUCAACAACGCAUUCUUUCUAAACCAUCUGGUGAUCAUACCCAGCUCUGUGUCACUCCCAUUGUAAGACGCACCAGUCUAUGCAACAAAUUGGAUGGCUCGAGCAUCAACAGGCCCAUAACUAAAACUAAAUCUCCGUCGAAAUUUGGCCUGGCCAAUAGGCAGGCUGGUAAAUUUAAAAUGUGAACCGGGUGUAACCCAAGGAUGGUGAACCAUAGGCCUUAAACUUAAUAUUCUGAUUAAGAAUUGAUAUUACUAGUACGAAUUAAUUAAAUUGACAUUGCGAUUUAUAUUGAAAA